AGUCGUCAUCGUCAUGGCGCCAUCAAACCCCAAACUACACCACCGCCUCUAUCGAAAAUCUUCGAAUUAGGGGUUGGCAUUGCAAUUCACGGUGUUUAUCCUUCCCGCCCUUUGGGAGAAGAAUUAAAUUCAUGUAAAAUGAAGAAAUUGAAAUCCGAAACGCUUACUCUAUUUCUGGUGAAUCUAGCUGGGAUCAUGGAGCGGGCGGACGAGUCUUUACUGCCCGGAGUUUACAAAGAAGUCGGAGAGGCCCUUCACACUGAUCCAACCGGCCUGGGAUCGCUCACCCUUUUCCGAUCCAUAGUUCAGUCCCUUUGCUACCCGCUCGCCGCUUACCUUUCCCUCCGCCACAAUCGGGCCCAUGUAAUAGCCUACGGGGCCUUUCUCUGGGCUGCCGCCACUUUCCUCGUUGCUUUCUCCUCCACCUACUUUCAGUUGGCAGUAUCGAGAGCUUUGAAUGGUAUUGGACUUGCCAUAGUUGCUCCUGCUAUUCAGUCCCUUGUAGCUGACUCAACCGAUAAUAGCAACCGUGGAAUGGCGUUUGGAUGGCUGCAGCUUACUAGCAACAUUGGCUCAGUUGUUGGUGGAAUACUUUCCUUGUUAGUAGCUCCCAUGACAUUCAUGGGAAUUCCUGGUUGGAGAUUCUCUUUUCAUCUUGUGGGAGUAAUCAGUGUUAUAGUUGGUAUUCUAGUUCGCCUGUUUGCAAAGGAUCCUCACUUUCCUGAUGGUAGUUUAAAAGAACGUCGUAAAAUUCCUGGAAAAUCCUUUUGGUCAGAGGCCGAAGACCUCAUCCAAGAAGCAAAAUCGGUCAUCAAAAUACAGUCCUUCCAGAUAAUUGUAGCUCAGGGCAUUACUGGUUCAUUUCCCUGGUCAGCUUUGUCCUUUGCCCCAAUGUGGUUAGAGCUCUUUGGCUUUUCACAUGGAAAUACUGCUGUUCUUAUAGGCAUGUUUGUGAUUGCUAGUUCUGCUGGGGGACUUUUUGGAGGCAGCAUGGGAGACCUACUAUCCCAGCGUCUUCCAAAUUAUGGAAGAAUCUUUUUGGCACAAAUAAGCACAGCAUCAGCUAUCCCACUGGCAGCAAUUCUUUUGCUGGCUUUGCCUGAUGACCCGUCAUCUAUUUUGCUGCAUGCUUUAUUGUUAUUCGUUACUGGGUUUUUCAUAUCGUGGAAUGCUCCAGCCACAAACAACCCAAUUUUUGCAGAGAUUGUGCCCGAGAAGUCCCGAACAAGCAUCUAUGCUCUGGAUCGAUCAUUUGAAUCCAUAUUUUCUUCUUUUGCUCCCCCUGCAGUUGGGUUGCUUGCUCAGAAGGUAUAUGGCUACGAACCUGUUCCCCAGGGUGCUGACGUUAUUUCUACUGACAGAGAGAAUGCUUCAUCUUUAGCCAAGGCACUGUUCACUGUAAUAGGAACUCCAAUGGCACUAUGUUGCUUUAUAUACUCUUUCCUCUAUUGCACCUAUCCAAGGGAUAGGAACCGGGCUCUUAUGGAAGCUCGGGUAGAAUCAGAGAUGCAACUCAUAGAGUUAGAGAAUUCUGCUUCGAGAAGACAGUAUGCACAAGGUCAACCAUCUGAAACAGAAGAGCUUCAUCCCGAUGAUAGAACUGUCAUUGAAGUGGAAUAUGGUGAAGAAGAACUCGAUUUUGGUGAAAGCGAUGAGCAAAUGUUAAUCUACAGGCACCCAGGACUCUCAAAUUUCGCAUAGUAGUAGCCGUUACUAAUGGCUUUACAUACUUCUCUGAAGAUCACAAGUAAAUUAAAAUUGUUUUGCAUGAUUGGAUUGCAAUAUAGACCAAUAUACCUUUGAUUCAAUUAAAGUAUCUUCCUCAGUGGGAGGAAAUGUAGAGCAGUAUUUUGAAAGAUUUUUGUGUACAUAGUUUCCUGGUUUCAGCUGUUUCCAGCAUCCUUUAUACUUUUUCUUUUAGAUGACUAAGAAAACUUCACAA